AUGAAUUAAUUUUGUUCUAUUCCUGAACAUGGAGUUAAUGUAGAAUUCAUCUGUUUAAAUCAAUAUUGUAGGGAUUUCAGAAUAUUUUGCUUUAAAUGUUUAUAAAGUGAGAAGCACAACUCUCAUAUGAAGGACGUUCAUAAAUUAAAAGAUUAUGGGAGAUUAUUUGAUAAUAAAAGCAAUACAAUAUUUGAGGACCUUGAAAGAAACAUAGAAUACGUGAACACCUUAUUUAAAUGGUUAAGAGAUGAAAUGUUCAAUAAUAAUCAUUUAAGCCAAGAAGAAUUUGAAGAUUUAAGUAUUGAACAAUUACAUGAUUAUCUUUGUUCAAAAUUACAAAUGUAGAGUUAGAAACAAUCUAUUUUGGGAACCAUUAAUAAAAAUGUAGACCAUUUGAUCUAAACAUUAAAUAGUUGUAUAAGUGAUUUAGAAUUAUCUUCUUUGGAUAGUCCUGUAAAGAAGAUAAAAGGAGAGUUAAGUACUAUAAACUAUGAACUAAUCAAUUCAACUGAGGAAUAAUAAAUAAAUUCAAUAGCUUUUAAUUUGGACUCUACUGUAAUGGUUGCUGGUUAUGAAUCAAGCAAGAUAAAAGUUUUUGAUUUCAUUGAAGGUGAAUUGAAAAUUAAUUAAGAAAUAAACCUCCAUAAAAAGAGUAUUUAUUGUGUGUAUCAUAUGAAAAAAACCAAAGAAUUUAUAUCUGGCAGUUGUGACAAAACAAUAAUAGUAUUUUAGUAUAGUGAUGAUUAAUAAUGGCACUUAAAAUAAUAAUUGGAGGAACACUAAGGAGGAGUGAAUUGCUUAGUAGUGAAUAGUGAAGAGGAUACAAUUAUAUCUGGUAGUGAUGAUACUCUUAUUAAGAUAUGGAUUAGAGAAAGUGAUUAUUGGACAUGUCAUCAAACACUUAUUGGACAUCAACAUUACAUCAGUUCUAUCAGUUUGAAUAAGACAGAGAACUAGAUCAUUUCAUGUUCUAAACAUCCUUAAAUAUUGAUCCAUUAACAAGAAACCAAGAGUAAGGUUUGGGUGUUGCUGUAGACUAUUAAGGUAACGACUUGGGGAAGGAGACUAUGUUUCAUUACUGAUUCUGUAUUUACAUUCUAACCGGAAAAAAAGGAAUAAUUGCAUGUCUAUGAAUUGAAUUCUAAAACUAAUUUAUUUUAGAAAACAAAAAACAUAUCAGUAGAAAUUGGAACUUGUAAAAUGAAGAGAAGAGGUUGCUUUUGGUUCUUCCCUUAAUAAUUUAUUAGAGAAAAAUCAAUCCUGGUUAAUAAAAAUGAAUGUUCAAUCAAUUUAAUGCUCUUCAAUUAAGAUGGCCAAUUUAUUACAAAAUAAUCAAUAGAUUAUUGCACAUCUGGAGUCUUUGGAAGAAUGACAGAUGAUGGUUAGUAUUUAAUAACGUGGGAUGACAUAACUAGAAGGCUCUAAAUAAGAUAAUUGAAGUAAUGA